CGAUGUAAUAAGCUAGUAAUAACAGAAAAGAAGAUCGACUAAUAAUGCAGUGGGAAUGCCGCCACGGUGUGAAGCAACUUAAUGCUUGGAUGACGAGGGUUUAGGGCAGAAGACACACAGAAGAAAGGGAAGAUGGAGUCGAUGGAACAAAACAUGCGGGAGAAUAUUUCUUUCAAACCUAAUGAAAAUGACACUAUUCCUCCAUGGGUAUAUUCACGAGAUGAAGAUUUGGCGAAAAUAGAAAUCGCUGUGUUAGCUUGUAUUUUGACAAUGGCAAUUUUUGGGAACGGAGUGGUGCUUUUGGUGUUGCUAUGCAGGAAACGGAAGUUGAGCCGCAUGAACCUUCUAAUUGUCAAUCUUAGUUUUGCGGACUUAUUUGUAGCCUUAUUUAAUGUGCUACCACAGCUAGCAUGGGAAAUAACGUAUAGGUUUAAAGGAGGCGAUGAAUUGUGUAGGACAGUGAAAUAUCUUCAGAUUGUGGCGAUAUAUUCAUCCUCUUAUAUCUUAGUGAUGACAGCACUGGACCGUUACAUGGCAAUAUGUCAUCCAUUGAUGACACAAACUUGGUCCAGCAAGCGUGUCCAUGUGAUGGUGACAAUAGCAUGGGGACUUUCAAUUAUCUUUAGCAUACCGCAAGCUUUUAUAUUCAGUUCUCGAGAAGUGUAUAUUGGCAGUGGUAUGUAUGACUGUUGGGCAACCUUUCCCAGUAUAAUUUCCGCGAAACUGUACGUCAUCUGGUUUACUCUAGCAGUAUGGGUUGUCCCAUUUACAAUUCUCUCAAUUUGCUAUGGCCGCAUAUGUUACGUUGUGUGGACUAGUGUAAACGGCAAAACUAAUUCACUGAGUGAAUCGAAAAAUACAGCUAAAAGAAAAUCUCCAAAAUGUAAUGGAGAGACUGGGAAGGUGACUCCAAGGGCACACGUGAGAGGUAUAUCGCACGCUAAGAUGAAAACGGUGAAGUUGACACUGGUCGUAAUCCUUUGCUAUCUGAUAUGUUGGUCCCCUUUCUUCAUUGCCCAAAUCUGGGGAGCCUUGGACCCCCAUGCACCAAUCACAGGCGACGCCUUCGUGAUCUUGCUUCUUCUCGCUAGUCUUAACAGCUGUACGAAUCCCUGGAUAUACCUUGCCUUUAGUAACCCACAGGAGCUUUGUACGGUAUUCAGGAGGUCGCGCAGUGCGUUCAGAUCAUCCUUGGACACAUCCAGACGAACCAAGUUUACUUCAAUGUCGAUGUCAACAGCUCCCCAUACACUUGACACGAAUCACAGUUCUAUGAACAACAGGUCCACGAACCACAGUUCCACAAAGGGAGACGCAGCGUCCAGACUGUCCAGUUCUAACUCGUAUCGACCUCUAUUGGUAGGCGACGAAACAUGAACGUUGUUCAAAACGAUAUUGCCGGCGACGUCGUCCCUAUUACCAAUUUGGACGUAUUUUACUGUUUAAUAUGUGUUGUUACGGUCAUCUCUCAUUAUUCUGUUUCAAAACUUGAACACUAGAAUUUUAGUAGCACGUUGAACUAUUUGAAACGAGUGUGAGAUGUCUAAGAAUAUUUUUCAUACUAGCAGUUUAAUUGGUAAAAUAUAUCGAUAGAU